AACCUCACAAGUAGACAGAGAUGACGUAGUGAACAGAAUUCCGGUUCAGUUAUUCUUCUCUAGAAACAGACAACAAUUCAGUAUGAUCAAAGCAAUUCUGGUGUUCAAUAAUCAUGGAAAACCACGACUUUCAAAAUUCUACCAAUAUUUCAACGAAGACAUGCAGCAGCAAAUUAUCAAGGAGACUUUUCAGUUGGUCUCCAAACGGGACGAUAAUGUUUGUAACUUCUUGGAGGGUGGGAGUCUUAUCGGAGGCUCCGAUUACAAGCUAAUCUAUCGACACUACGCAACGUUAUAUUUUGUGUUCUGUGUCGACAGCUCCGAGUCCGAACUCGGAAUCUUAGAUUUAAUCCAAGUGUUCGUUGAGACACUGGAUAAAUGCUUCGAGAAUGUGUGUGAAUUAGAUUUGAUCUUCCAUGUCGAUAAAGUUCAUUACAUUUUGAAUGAACUCGUAAUGGGUGGCAUGGUUCUAGAAACAAACAUGACUGAAAUACUCACAAGGAUCGAAGACCAGAAUAAACUGGAGAAACAAGAGGCUGGCAUCACGGCAGCACCGGCACGUGCCGUUUCAGCUGUCAAGAACAUGAACAUUCCACAGCAAAUAAAGGAUAUGAAACUGCCAGAUUUACCGCAGGCAAUCAAGGAUCUGAAGUUCUGACCAGCCGUCUCCUCGUUGGCUCCCAGCUGACUGGUCUCGUCUGCUAUCCCCGAAGCAGACACUGCUUCGAGGUCACUAUUCCAACCCCGUCGAGCUAGUGAGAAUGCACCGAUGCUGCCUGGCAUUUCUCCUUUCAUCAUGUCCUCGACUUCAUCCCAUCGCUACCAAGGCUAACCCCUGAAGACUACAAAGGAUCGAUUAUGGUGAACUGGUUCGCUCUGUCAUGGAACCGAUGUGCUAUGCUUUCUACAAAUUAAUCAGAGCUGAGUGAAAUUGUGCUCAAAAGACGGAUCAAGUAAUUAUUACUCUUCUAUCGAUUUAAAUAACAUUUAAUUAGCUGACAUUUACGUAGAACAUUGAAUGCAAUGUGUAAAUCAUUGUGAUUAUUUAGGUAAACUUGAUUUGAAUACGUUUCGGGGCAUGCAAAGUGGCUCAAGUUUCUAAUUGAAUGGUUGUUGAUUAUAUGGUACAAAAGUAGUGGAUAAUUACUUUUGAUUUCAGUGGAAGGGAAUUCAAUGACGUCCGCAUUCAGUGACAAGCACUCGAGGUUACAUUAUUAUAAUUUAACAUUUCAUUCACUUAUCAUUCAACUCAUCUUUAACCGAACUCUGUCAAUACCUUGUUAGUUUACUAAAAGAUAGAUUUUGUAACCAUGUCCACAUAUAUAUAACUGACAGGAUUUAAACAUUGCGAUUCAAAGGGCGUGAAAGAAGAAUGAUUAUCUGAAAUUUCUUCUGAAUGACAUCGAAGUCAUGUAACAUAAUUUAUUUCGCACUGAGAUAAAAUGGUUCUAGGGAGGUUAUAUUCAGAUAAAAAUAUUCUUACCUUUGAAAUUGUCGUUAAGAAAUCGUGAAGCAUUACCCAAGUGAAUAUUCCGAAUGAUUGUAAAUUGUAUGAUAUAAAAGUUAUACAUAACGAAGAGCACAUUGUGAGCAACAUUCAUAUUAUGUGUCAGUAUAAUUGCUCGAUUAUUUACAUUACUCUAUCAAUCACGUAAAACUAGAUCGACGUAAAUAUUAUGUAUUAUUCUUAAUAAUAUUACAUAUUAUUUAAUCUGUUCCGACACCAUACAUAAUAUUAGACAUUAAGGAGACCUACCAAUGAACGUACCUAUUGAAAACAUUGAACAUGAAUGUUACAUCGUAUGAAAGAUGUAUUUAAUAAAUAUUAUAUUGUUAAAUAA